ACGAGACAGAGAUGCUGAUGUCUGGGACGCUCCAUCGCCUCCUCCUGGCUGCGACCUGUCUCUGUGUCUAUGGAAACCCUGUCCAACUCCGAAACUUCACCCCCACGCAGGACUGUGACGGGCAGUGCGCCAGCUCAGGAACAACUGUCGGGUCGACGCACGCUACAGACGUAAAGCCUGAACCCUCAGACACAGAACAUGACGGGACCGACCUGAUGCUGAAUGUAGGCGCAGGAGGAGGGGCCGGCCCACAUGGACGACCUGAGGGGAUAGCUGCGGUGACGCAGACAGGAAACGGGGACAGCCUUGAUGGAAGAUCUGGGCCGAGUGAGGCUGCCGGAGAGGCAUGGAGCCAAAGGAGCGGGGGAAAGAAGGUCGACGGCAUAUCUGAGAUGGGAGACGCUCAAAGACAGACAGAGACGGAUUCGUCUGUUGACCCUGAAGCGUCACCGCAGCUGAGCAUCACAGGCAGGGAGGACAAAGACCAGAGUGGAACAGAUCCGCCUGCUUAUGGAGACUCUGUCCAGGACAAAGACCCAGAAACAAGCUCCACAGAACCUCCAGAUUCUGGAGCACCAAUCCAGAAACUGACCUCCCACAUGCCUCCGUUGUUCUUUGUCUCUCCUCGGACCUCUACGCAUUUGUCAGUUUGGGGCCACGAUGCAGCUACCUCCCUACCAGACCCGCUGUUACCUGAGAUCGGGCCAAACCUGAUGCCCAGAGAGGACGGACCAGAGAGCCUGUGGACUGAGGCGGCGAGGCCCGGUGGAG